AUGGCCCUGAGCUCCUGGUCCCCAGAGCUGGGGUUCAGCGGGAAGGUGCUGCUGCAGGCAGCAGCCGUCUCCACCGGCCCCUCCCUGGAGUUAUGCACCUUCCCCUCCUCCCUGGGCUCCUCGGUCGCGACCGCUGCGCUGGAGCAGCUCUUUGUUGUGGAACAAUCACUGCAAAGUGACUAUUUUAAAUGCAACGAAGAAGCUAGGACCUUUCUUAAGGACAUUGCUAUCGCUGUUAAGAAAUUGGAAGAAAUGAGAAAAGCCACAAUUGAUCUCCUGGAAAUUGAAAGCAUGGAACUCAGCAGACUAUAUUUCCUACUGGAAACUCUUCCCAAUAGCAUUGGCAGAGAAUUGGAAGAAUGUGUCAGAGAUGCCCGCAGAUUAAAUCUUUUUGAGAUAAAUCAAUUACAAAUGGACGUUACAAGGAUGAAUAAUGAAAUAGAGUUCCUGAAGAAGAAAAUACUUGAUCUGAAAACAAUUAAUGAAAUUCUAGGUGAACAGCAAGAGGAGCUGGCAAGGAGGCACGAAAAGUUGGUGCUGUCACUCAACCACACGAUGGAAGAAAAAGCUGCUGUCACUGUUUACAUCAAUGAGACUUACACCAAAAUAAGCUCGGAGAAAAAAGAGUUAGAAUUCCAAAACCAACGUCUCAAAGAAAUACAGGAACAAAUGGAAAAAGAAAAAGCGAAAUAUUUGACAAGAAAACAAAAAUUGAAUCAAGAGAUUGAGGAAUAUAAAAAACUCUGUGAAUUGAAGAGAAAGGAUACUUAUCAAAAGAAGAAAGAAUUGGAUACAUUAAAACUUAAAGUGUCAAAAAUGAGAGAAACAGUUAGUACCAGGACAGUGGUUCUUAGUGAUCACAAUUUAGAGAUAGCACAACUACAAGAAUCAAUAAGGCAUUGGGAACAAGAGAUUGAAGAAAUGAAGAAAUCCUGUAAGAUCCUGGAGGAUAAAAUGCAUUUUUUUAUGAAUAACAAGGAAAAACUGGAAGAUUCAUCUAGUGUUGAAAAAGAUGAAAUUUUGCAGAAGAUAAAGCAGAUGGCUGAAAAACUACACAAAAAUCAUUUAGAAAGCAAAGAUCUACAGGAGAAAUUGCAUACUCUUACCAGACAAUAUAAGAUUGUCUUAAGUGAGGAGGAGAAAGUUUUUAUACAGAAACAGAACACUUAUAAUGAGAAUCAGAAACAAAUGGCAUUUAUUAGUCGGAAAGAAAACUUCCUAUCGCAAAGAAAAGUAGACAUCAAAAAUAUGGAGGAAGGACUUGUCACACUCCAGGAACUUCAUCAAGCAACAAAGGAAGUAUAUCGGAGACAAAUAAAAAUCCUGAAUGACAACCGGGAAAGAGAAAGUCAGAGACGCGUCAUAACUCAGUGGAAAAUUGCUUGUUCACGAAAAAAACAUGCAUGUUUGAAAAAGAAGCUGGAGUCUGAAGUACAAGAAAUUUUAGAUGAAGUACAGACUGCUGAAUCUAGAUGCAUCAAACUAUUGCAAGAGACCAAUUUUAGACAAAAAGAGAUCACUGAGUUUUUGGCAGAGACUGAAAAACUUACAUUAGAAUUAAAACAAGUGGAGGAAGAAUUUAUUGUCAAAGAAAAAAAGUUAGUUCAAGAGUUGAGCAAGUAUGAGCUAAGAUUCGCUAGGGAAACGCAAAGUAACAGAGUAAAGGAAGAUGAACUAGUCGAGCGUCUUCCACAACUUCAAGUGGCAGAAGAAGAAUAUAUGAGCAAAGCUGGAAAACUGGAAGAGCUCAUUCAUGUUAUUACAGCACAAAAGCAGGAGCAGAAUUUACUGAACGAUUACACUUCUCAAAUGGCAAGAGACUUUUCAAGAUUUUUCAGCAACUCGGAAAAAGUGAAGAAAGAACUCAAAUACUUACGAGACCAAGAAAGCCAUAAGAUCAAAAGCCAUUUUGAAACUCUCAAGAACUUAGAAAAUGAAAUCUAUGUACAUGACUUAAAAGUAGAUGCUUUGCUCCUGGAAAAUGAAAAAUUAAGAAAAUAUAUUGCAUACAUGAAGAACAACAUAGAGCUAUACAAAAAAAGAGAAGAAGACCUCAAGUGCGCGUCAGGUGACCUGUGUUGGCAACUGACAGCUCAUCAGAGGAAGUAUUUGGAUUUGUGGGCUGAAUUUCAGACUACAGUUAAGGAACUGGUAAACAGUGGUGGUGAGACUUUGCAAGGAAUAAAAAAGCUAACAGAGAGGCUGCAGGAAAGGGAUGAAAACAUUGAGCGUAUCAGCAUUUGGCUACAAGGGAAUCUUGAAGAGCUGCGUUUUCUUAUGGAACAGGAAUUGAAAACGGACCUCCAUAAAAAGAAGAAACACAUUCAUAUCAAAAAAGUCCACCCCCCCGUGGUUGAAUGUACCAUGAAAAACGCAUUAGCAGAGAAAAAAUAACAUAAUAACUUCAAAGAUACAACUGCUGUGAAUUCAAAAGGCACAAAGUGAGUGCACUUUCUUUCAGAUUUUGCAAUGGUCAGUGAAAGUUUUGAGAUUAACAAGCCUGCAUAAUCCCCACUAAACAGCAGAAUUGGUAAAUAAUCUGACCAUGUUUAUCCAUUUGUGGUGUUUAGAAGGUUAUCAGGUUAAGUGCUAAACCUUAUUUUGGUUCCACAUGAAUCUCUUAAAGGCUUCAGAGCAUAAAAUUCACAGCACACCUAUCAACAACCACAGGAAAACUAUUUAUGUAUUGUAUAUAUUCCGUAUUUCGUUAAAUCUAAGAAGGCAUCAAUUCUGAGAUGCAUCCUAAUUCAGAGAUGUCACAUGUGAAAAAGUUUCAGGAUCAAUAAAAUAUGGCCUUGGUAUACAGCCUUUAAGAAGGAGGGACUAUGUGAAUACAUGUAUUUAUUCAUUUGGGAAAGGAAUACUCCUCUUACUAGUUUGAAUUAUUUCCACAAUUCAUGUGGCAAAAUACAAUUAAUGUCAGAACAUCUGAGAUUUUUUUUGUAAACAUUUUAUUGUUUUUCUUAACAGAAACAACCAGAAGAUGUUUUCAACCAAACCACCUAUAAACAAAAAACCUGUUAUAUAAAUUAUGCUCUAGUUUUAUAAUCAAAAUACUGUAUUGGUAAAAAUAAA